CUGAUUGGCUAGUAACAGAUUCUCAACCUUUUAAUUCAGCAAAUGUAGAAGGAUUUUUACGUAUGAUUAAUAAGCUUGAUCCUGCAUUUAAGUUACCAUGUUAUGUAACGAUCAAAAAGGAUAUUAGUUAUAGAUAUCAAGCUGCAUUUCAAGCUAUAAAGGAAAUGAUUAUUCAUACCU